AUGGACACCAAAUCUAGCUGCAAAAGCGGCGGGCACGAUCACGGGGAGAUGCAUGCGGCUAACCAACCUAGCCUCGCCUCGUCAAGUGCUCAAAAGUGGUUCUGCAAUUACGAAGGCUGUGGCUACGAGUGUGGGCUGAGCCGGGGCUAUGCACAACGGCAUUUUAUUGGCAAGCACUUACAGGAAGCCAUAUUCGUCUGCAUGCAAUGCGGCGACGCAUACGCAUGGUCGCAGGCGCUGCUGCGCCACCAGAACUAUAAACACCCAGACAGGACGGACGAAGAGAAAGCCACUCAGAAGAUCUUGAACCGUCGUGCCAAGGACGCCGUUCUCGUACGCUAUCCCAACAUGGUACUAGAACCCAACGAAUCCCGGGACACUCCCAGGAUACCCAGGUGGGAUAGCGAUGAUCUUGCUUGGGAAGAAAGCCCUGCUAUAGCGCCUCUCUCAGUGCCUGUCCGACCCCUGCUGCAUGGCGCGUUCGCACUGCAGCAAAGCACUCGGGAGCAUAUGGACCACCCGUCACCGAAGCCGCACCCAUACUUGCGCUAG